AUGGCCCUCGAGGCCUUCAACUUCGUCUGGGCCUUCUCGACUGAAGACUUUCCAACACCCACGCCUUCACUUUCUCCGAGGCGUCGGAUAUCAGCCACAACGUUCCUCUGGGUGGGCUCCGGCGCCAGGAGCUCCGACCUUCCUGAGCACGCAGUUCGCGUGUUCCCGAGUCUCCAAGUGCUCAACCGGGUGCCUCCUCAAUUUCCUCACGAGACUUUCGAACACCCAAGACAUCGGCACCCCGUACGAUCGAUUCUCGGUGGCGGCCGCAUCUGCCACCUACCCCAUCGAACGACGGCCCUGAUAUGGGCAAUCACUACCCUUGUCAGACAUUUGAUCCUCCGGUUGCCCGUUGCAACCGCUGACGACGCGGAGGAUAAUGUUUUCGAGAUCAGCAAGAAGACAAGAUUCCCCGGUGCGAACAGUAUCUUCGCGACCUACUACAAGUCGAUUUGCAGUGUCUUUUGA